GAAGCGUAGACCUGAAACUGAACGAUUCUGGAAAAAGGCACCAACUAUUCAAAACCCUAGAGUGGGAUUUCUCCAAACCCUAAGAGACACAAAGAGAAGAAGCAAAGAGAUGUGGAGAUCAGCAACAGUUUCUCUGUUCAAGAACGCCGCGAAGAAGUUCCGAACAAUCCCAAACCCUAGUGUGGUAUGUUCCUCUUCCUCUCAACUGGCCCUCAUUUCAAGAUUUCAGCAUUUCUCAACCCCUAAACCCUCUUUCCUUGUCUCCCAAAACCCUAGAUUUUUCUCGAAUCUUUCCCCUGAUAUAGAUGGCGAUGAUGACUCCACAAUUGAAUCGGCCAUUUGUAGUCCAUCUGAAUCGGAGGACCAGCACUUUUCACCCAUUUCUGAUGAAAACGAUGGUACCCAGAUUGAGGGUUUUGAGGUUGAUUUGGAUAAGAGUGAGGGCUUUGAGGUUGAUUUGGAUAAAUUGGAGAGCGUUCUGUCUCUGCUACAGAGUAGUGGAGAUGCUGUUGGGUCUUUGGAAUCAAGCUUUAAUGCCAUGGGCUUGAGUCUAAACGAAGAGUUUGUGGUUAGAGUACUGGAAACCCCUUUUGUUCCUGCCAACAAUUUGAUUGGGUUUUUCAAAUGGUCUUGGAAGAAUCCGGGGUUUUCAGUAACUACCCGAGCUGUAGAUGCUCUUGUUCGGGCUGUUUGUCAGAGUGUUAGGAGGAAGGAUACAUAUUCAUUGUGGGAUUUGGUUAAGGAGAUUGGUGAGAAGGAGAAUGGUGUGCUGAAUGUGGGGAUUCUGAAUGAAUUGAUAGCCCAAUUUGCGAAAUUGGGUAAAGGGAAGGCUGGGCUUGAGGUGUUCAAUGCGUUUGGAGAAUAUGGGUGUGAACCCAAUGCUGAUUCCUACUAUUUUACGAUAGAAGCGCUGUGCAGGCGCUCCAUCUUCGAUUGGGCUUUGUCUGUUUGUGAGAAGAUGCUUAAUGCUAGUAGCUUGCCGGAUAGUGAGAAGGUUUGGAACAUCAUUUCUUGGUUCUGUAAAGGGAGAAAGGUUAAAGAUGCAUAUUUGGUUUACUUGUUGGCAAAGGAGAAGAACAAAUACCCGCCUAAGACGACUGUUAACUUCUUGAUUGCCUCACUAUGUCGAGAGGAUGGAACCAUCUCAAUGGCAGUGGAGAUGUUGGAUGAUUUUUCCGGAGAAGAGCGCAAAUAUGCAAUCAAGCCCUACACAGCUGUGAUUCGAGGGUUGUGUAGGAGCAAAGAUGUUGAUGGGGCUAAAAGAUUACUUUUGAAGAUGAUUGAAGCUGGCCCAGCUCCUGGAAAUGCAGUUUUCAAUUUUGUCAUCAAUGGCCUGUCCAAGGCUGGAGAGAUGGAAGAGGCGAUGAAGAUGAUGAAGUUGAUGGAGACUCGGGGGCUGAAACCAGAUGUGUACACUUACAGUGUUAUUAUGAGUGGUUAUGCACAUGGUGGCAUGAUGGAGGAGGCUUGUAGAGUGUUAUCAGAAGCCAAAAGGAACCAUUCCAAAUUGAGUCCUGUGACCUACCAUACACUUAUUCGCGGGUACUGUAAACUUGAACAAUUUGACAAGGCUGUGGAGUUGUUAGGUGAAAUGAAGGAGCAUGGUGUCCAGCCCAAUACCGAUGAAUACAACAAGUUGAUUCAAUCUCUCUGUCUGAAGGCUUUAGAUUGGCAAACUGCAGAGAAGUUGCUUGAAGAAAUGAAACAGAAUGGAUUGCAUCUCAAUGGGAUCACAAGAGGUCUAAUAAGAGCAGUCAAGGAGUUGGAAGAAGAGGGAUGGGCAACAGAGGAACUGAGAGUUGAGGCAUAAGCUAGAUUUUGUUCUUGGCAGGUGUAGUUUUGGAGAUGGAAUCUCAUCACUGAAGGGUUUUUUUCCUCCUCUUCCCAUUAGAUAAGGGUAGCGUUUUCUGUAAUUCUUUGAAUAUGUUCUUUCCCUUAACUUUCUGAUUGACUGAAAGGAAAAUGAAAAUAAAAGGGCUCAAUUUUGUUAUCCGUUCCUGGCUCUUUUAUCUGGAUAUGGUGGCCCGGGAACAUCCAGUAAAUUGAAUAUUGAUUGAGGUGAUCUCCGGGAGAGAAUGCAGUUUGAGGUGGGUUACAGCCAUGCUGAAACCCUAAUCUGUGGGCAACAAGAGUAUCUGGGCAUUAGUUAUGCUUGUGAUUGUACAAUUUUUAAGUUCAUCGAAUUUGAUGUGCUCAUAUGGUUGUAUUCUUUGAUUUAUAAUGCUCUAGAAUGUUUUUGUUUUCUUUUCUUU